GAGAGGAAAUAGAGACCGGUCACUUGUAUGGCGCUACAGACUAGGAACCACAGCCUUUAACCUUCUCAUUGCCAUAUUGACAGAAGAUGUAGCAGUAGUUGUCAGAUUUAAGAAAGACCGUACUGGCAAUUGUGCAAAACUCUGCUGAUAUGGAUUUAGUAUUAAGUUAAAUCCGGUACCCUAAACCCCACCAGUUAAACAUUUUAAUAAGUAUUCCUGUUUGCUCUACCCCCUCCCUAUCUUGUUAUAUUAAGAGGAGGGUGUCUACUGUGCCUGCAAGCUGAAGCAGGUGGACUGACUGAAGACGUCACACAAUCUUAUUCACCUGUUAGCUGAGAAAGUGACCAGACAGGUUUGAACCACUUGGAGAGGGAGAGAAAAAUAAGGCAGUGUUUACUGAGCGAACACAAGAAAUGGAAGGUGUCUCCACCCCUUGUAACUCUGGAUAGUACAUUCCCGGAACUUUUCCAGUUUGAGAAAGUUGGAUCGUGUAUUGGAGUCAAACAAAAACUUAGCAGAUCAGGCAUGAGUAAUCUUACCACCCUUCAGCACUGCCAGCUUACACCACUGUUGGUGACAUGUCGAUAAAAACUUUUUGGGUAUUGUACGUUCACUGUAUACUUGCAGUAACCCAUUGGAAACAUGGAGGUGGGUACUCAGGAUGUGGAUGUAGAUUUGGAGAAUGAUGUAUUUGUAUACCAGAGCCUUAAAGAAUCCGUCAUGCCUGCAAGAAAUGGAUGGCCCACCACUUUCCCCGCUGUCUGGCCACCACAAAACCAUGAUGAAUGUGAAACGGCGAUCCCGGUAAAUGGUCAUUUACGUGGUAGGGGCAGUAUUGAUAGUGUUAACUCUGGUUUCCCUCAAGAGGACUUCAGUCGGACAACGUCUCUAGUGAACGGACUGCUUACAGAGUUAUAUGAUACUUAUCGUGGUGGUUUGGGCAAUGGACGGGUCUGCCAUGACAGCAUAGACAGCUCGACAGAGGCUUCAGGGUCAGAUGCCUUUUUGAGUAGGAGCAAUCCCGAAUCUGCCUUCCUUCAGGAGCUUUCUGAGAAGCAAAGCCUAAGGCAUCAAAUACAGUACUUAAGGCAAAAAGAUUGCAGUGAGCUUAAGGCUAUAAGGGAAGAACUUGACCACCAAAUUUGGGUCCAUUCUGCUAAACUUCUUCGUCAGCUUAAACAGAAAGACCGUCUCCAGAACAAGGUGCAGAAGAAUUGUGACAUCGUCACAGCUUGCCUGCAGGCAGUGUCACAGAAACGCCGUGUGGACACAAAGCUGAAGUUUACUUUGGAACCUUCUUUGGGACAGAAUGGCUUUCAACAGUGGUAUGAUGCCCUGAAAGCAGUUGCCAGACUUCCAACUGGAAUACCAAAAGAAUGGAGACGGAGAGUAUGGCUAAAUCUAGCAGACCACUAUUUGCACAGCAUUUCUAUUGACUGGGAGAAAACCCUACGCUUUACUUUUAAUGAAAGAAGCAAUCCUGACGAUGACUCCAUGGGUAUACAAAUCGUUAAGGAUCUUCACAGGACAGGAUGCAGCUCAUAUUGCGGACAGGAGGCAGAACAGGACCGUGUUGUGCUGAAGAGGGUGCUAUUGGCCUAUGCAAGAUGGAACAAGUCUGUUGGAUAUUGUCAAGGUUUUAACAUACUGGCUGCUCUGAUCCUUGAAGUGAUGGAAGGGAAUGAAGGAGAUGCACUGAAAAUAAUGAUUUAUCUUAUAGACAAAGUUCUUCCUGACAGUUACUUUGUUAAUAAUCUGCGAGCGUUAUCAGUGGAUAUGGCAGUGUUUCGGGAUCUCUUACGAAUGAAACUGCCUGAGCUUUCUCAACAUCUCGAUGUGCUUCAGAGGACUGCUAACAAGGAGAGUGGAGGAGGUUAUGAGCCCCCUCUUACGAAUGUUUUUACAAUGCAGUGGUUCUUAACGUUGUUUGCCACCUGUCUACCGAAUCACACAGUCCUCAAGAUCUGGGACUCUGUGUUUUUUGAGGGAUCGGAGAUCAUCUUAAGAGUGGCAUUGGCCAUCUGGGAAAAAUUGGGAGAACAAAUAGAAUGUUGUGAGAAUUCAGAUGAUUUCUACAGUACAAUGGGGAGACUGACCCAAGAGAUGCUUGAAGAUAAUCUAAUUGACAGCAAUGAACUGAUGCAGACGGUUUAUUCUAUGGCUCCAUUCCCGUUCCCACAGCUGGCUGAACUGAGAGAGAAAUACACCUAUAACAUUACACCGUUUCCAGCACCUGUGAAAUCUGCUUCAUUUUCUGGACGUCCAAGCAAAAUGCGAGACAGUGAUGAGGAAAACGACUUGGAUGAGGAAGAUUUUAAUGCCAACGCGUUUGGUUGCCUUGGACCAUUCAGUGGGCUUUUGAUCCCAGAAUUGCAGAGAUACCAAAAGCAAAUUAAAGAUCAGAAAGAAAAUCAAAGCUUGCAACCCAGUAACAUUGCCGAACUGAGUCCAGGAGCCAUUGACUCAUGUCGAAGUGAUUACCAUGCAGUGUUCAACAGCAUGAUGAUGGAACGUAUGACCACAGAUAUCCACGCCCUGAAACAACAAUAUUCUAGAAUAAAGAAACGACAACUGCAACAAAUAAACCAAGUCUACAUCAGAGCAGGACUUGAAGAAGAGAGAGACCCUGGGAUCCCACGUGAUCCCAGGGAUCAGCUGAGUAAUGAUAAGGGGACUGUAAGCAGCAUUCUGCCUUCCCAGGUAAAUAAUUCACCUGUGAUAAAUCAUCUGUUACUUGGUAAGAAGCUAAAGCAGGUGAACCGAUCUUCUAAAAAUGCAGUGGUGCAGUUACCAACUUCUAAAUCAUCGAUACAACUGGGUGAAGAUUCCAAAUCCAAGGUGAACUCCCCUUGGCGAACCCACAUCAGAGUUCAUCGCAAAAACAUCGCAAGGGCCAAAAGCCAGCUAGGGUAUGGGGAUACAAUUGGACUUAUUGAGGAACAAAAUGAUAUUCCUAAAGAUCAAAUCGAUGACUCAAAGGAACCUGAAGAAAUUGUGCAGGAUCCAGUAGUGGAUGGAGAAGAAAGCAACUUGGAUAGGACUGUUAUGAAGGUAGAUGGCCACUCCCCAGAGCCUGUUUAUCAAGACGAAAAUGCAAAUGUGACUGUUGUGCAGAGCAAGUUGGAAGCCUUGGAGCUGAACACAAAUGAUGAAAGUGAUACAAAGUCAGAGAUAGGCCAGGCCUUACCGGACACGCCUUCUGAUUCUCAAAGCUCUUCUAGCGAAAGUGGAACUUUAACAAAGUCCCCCAAAGGGCAGGUUUUUAGCCCUUUUCCAAGUGUCAAACCACUUAUGAAAUCAACCACAGCCAGAAAUUUGGGUUUGUAUGGGCCAAACAAUAGAACACCCACUGUACAUUUCCCACAUAUGAGCAAAAGCUUCAAUAAGCCUGCCAAUGGUACAACGGGGAGCAAGAAACGGUAACUGAAUACAUUCCAUUUCAUAGAGACUGUGUUCUUUGGUUCUCCUUUUGCCAUCAAACAUUUUUCUUUCACUGUUAUGGAUAAGGGGUUAACACUAAAAGCAUUAGCACCCACUGUCAAAACCCAGUCUUGUUUGUUCUGCAGCUACUGUUUUGUUGAACAACCAACCAGAGUUUGCUAAAAAAAAAAUUAAAAAAAAGUUUGUGAAAUGUUUAAUAUUGGCAAUACCAGUUUGCCGAAUACUUUUAGCGAUAUCCAAGGAGUGGCAUAAACAAUUGGUUUCGGUUUGUUCAUAUCGUAGGAAUUCUAGAAUUAUGCUGCAGGCCAUUCGCCUUAGAUCAGAGCUCUCCUUAACUUUUUUUAUGGAGUAAAUUUUGGAUCUUUUAAAUUUUUCCAGUCGAGUGGAUCGCAUAAACUAACUUAUUGUAAAAAUCAGUGGGCAGCCCAAAAAUACCACUGGAGCCUACGUCCUGCUUGCAGUUAUACAUCUGAACAUAUAUGCUCCUGGUUGCACAACGUAUUAACGCCAAAUGUUCUUCUGUGUAGUUGGUUUAGAAUAUUGUAACACCCCAUCGUGGCUAUGUUAAUUUGUAAUUAAUAUGUAAAUUAAAGUUGGAUAACCAAUACUUAUGUAACUUUAAAAUAAAGGAUUAAAACUAGAAGGGCAGUUUAGAGAGUACAAAUAGAUGGUGCUUACGCUUUUGGUGUUACCAAAAUUCCAUUGAAAAUAAGAAUGGUUGCCCUAAUUUUUGUGAUUUGCACGUGUGUGUGUGUGACUCAAGUAUACUUAAAUAUGGUAUACACUUAACAGAAUGGUCGUAAAAUACUGCACAUCCACAAAAAAUGAAUUCUAUAUGUAUUCAUUGACGACCAAUUAUAUAGUCCAAUAGAAUGAUGUCAUUAACUUCCCACAUUGCUCACAUAUAUGUUGAAUGGUGUAUGCAGACAUUAAGUUCAUAUUUGUAUCUUUACUCCUUAGCAAACGGCCUUGGAAAAUGCAAUUGAAUUAGUUACAUCAAUUUCCACAUUGACGCUUAAGGAAUGACUGCCUAAAUUAUGCAUGCUUUCUUUUUGCAUCUUUGUUUAGAUUGUCUUGUUGAUAUGUUAUUGGGGGGGAAAAAAAUACUUUUCUUUCUAAAAAUCUGUGAAGUCUUUGUUCAUAUGCAACACUCCCCCAAUCUAAUGAAGGGGUUUUGUGUAGGGUUACCUGUAAAGUAGCAUCAAGCUAUUUUGUUUUCCAAAAUGUUGUCUCUCCAUAUUUAAAGUGCCAAAAAAGCAUGCUUUCUCUAGAGCAGUGGUUCCCAACCUAGUCCUUAAGUACCCCCUAACAGUGCAGGACUGGGGGAUUACCCAU